UUCUGGGGGCAUCUUUAUGGAAUAACAGUGAGCCCAACCACCAAUUACUAUUCAAUUUAAUAGCUACCUCUGUAAGGCUCUGAGGCAAGGGUAUGAAGUCGGGUUAUAAAAUCGAUGCUCCAAAGAAACACAGCCAAGAAAAGGUGUUUCGUGCCAUCACGGAUGCCACCCGAGAUGAAGGAGGGAAACCGACUUCACACCAAGAGAGCCUUGCCACUCAGGUGGAGAGGGCUGAGAGACUGCUGAAGGGUAGAGCAGAAGGGGGAGACAAGCAGGCCCUUUUCCUGCUGGGACAGCUGUACUAUUAUGAGGGGCGCUAUGAGGAGGCAGAGAGAGUCUUUGACGGCCUUAAGGACAGCGAUCCCAGAGCCCUCUUCCAGCUAGCUGUCAUGUAUUAUGAUGGCCUGGGCACUGCUAUGGAUCAAGCAAGGGCAGUGGACUACAUGAGGAGAGUUGUCCAGUGGAAUAACCCAGAGGCAGGCUCCAUCAGAUACACUGCUCUGUAUCACAUUGGCAUAGCCUACCUGGAGGGCUAUGGGGUCCAGAAAUCCAAUACAGAAGCAGAAAGUUACUGGCUCCUUGCUGCUGAUGAGGGAAACCCCAGAGCCUGUGUAAAAGCUCAGAGUUCUCUGGGUAUGUUCUACUCUAGACCUGAGACACAGGACCUCAAAAGGGCGUUCUUCUGGCACUCAGAGGCCUGUGGCAAUGGCAGUCUGGAGUCCCAGGGUGCACUGGGGAUCAUGUACUUGUAUGGUCAGGGCAUCCAGCAGGACCCCAAGGCUGCCAUUGAGUGCCUGAAGGAAGCGGCUGAGCGGGGGAAUGUGUACGCCCAGGCCCACCUGGCUGCCUACUACUACCACAGGAAGCUCUACUCCAGAGCAGCAGCCCUUGCCAAAAGGAUUACCAAUUACGAUGACAUUGCUGCCAUCGCCAUGGUCACCGACUGCCUGCCUGAAUACGUAAUUAAGGGCGUGGCCAUUGCUCUUUUCUACUACGCCCGCUGUCUGGAACUGGGAAAGGGGGUUCCUCAGAGCAAGGAGAAGGCCUGGCAAUACUUCACUAAGGCUGCUCGGCUAAACCCAGAAGUGUGCCAGGACCUCCAGAGGGACAUCAUCUUUAGCAGAAUGUAGAGAUCCACCAUCAUGACCUUAGUUAGGGAGUCCAGAUAACAGUCUCCUCUGUUGCUUUGAGAUGACUUGAGUAAAUAUCAGACCUGAA